AGCAACUCGCUCGACAUCACGACAAACAUCAAACAAACAGCACCAGCCAUUCCCGAAUUAGCGGGACUUCAUUAUUUCCCCCUGCUCUUUUUUUGGGACUACGUAUUUCUUACCGAGUAUUACUUGGCCUAUCUGACCCUACCAGUGCCAAUACACAUCUCCCGCUCAAGCGCAAAUUUCCACAAAGCUCAUACGGUAGACGGACAUGAUGAACUCUGUCGAUGAGCGGCUUGCCGCAGACUACAUGGUCGGCUGGGACGUCAAGGAUGCCACAGACAGAAGGCUUGUAGGACUCGCGGCCGCCAACGGCUGGGGUGAGGCGGCCGACCUCAAAGUUCUCACUCGCUACAGCUUACUACGUGGGGUAGAGGAGUGGUCCAUGAUGAUCUCGUGCGCUGGAGCCAUGAAGAAGGAGCAGUCCGACGUCGAUCCACUGGAUGGCCAAGAUCCUCUCUCUUAUAUAUCCAAGCUCCUCGUAGCUUCAACUGAAGCUGACAGCAACGAGCUGAGCAACGGGGUCUCUGGGCUCCCUUCCAGCGAGGAGAGAGAUGCGCCUCCCCCGGCAAAGGCCCCGAGGGGCAAGAGAAAACGUACAAGCGCAACAGAGUCCCACUUCUUCUCAGGCGACAAUACAUCGAAGAAGCAGAAGAAAGCCUCCAAGAAGGAGAAGCGGAAGGUAGCUCGGGCUGGCGUGCAACUCAAGGAGGACAAGCCCAUCUCCGAAUCGAUCCAGGAACAAGAUGUCGACAUGCUCCAGGAGGAAGUCCCUGUACUACAGGAGGAAGUCUCUGUGCUCCAGGAGGAAGUCCCUGUACUACAGGAGGAAGCCCCUGUGCUCCAGGAGGAAGCCCCUGCGCUCCAGGAGGAAGUCCCUGCGCUUCAGGAGGAAGUCCCUGUACUCCAGGACGCUGCAGUUUGGUACCGGAGUGAGGAUAACAUCCCACUUCCGAACGCAACCGACGAACAGCCCAAGGCGGAAGCAGAAACAGAGGCACCCAUAGCUUCCGAAGAAGAUGAUGGCAGCACUUCUUUAAAAUCGAACCACUCGUAGAUGGCCAGGAGUCUGCGAGUGGUCGUGGAAACCUGG